AUGUGUACCGACACUUACAACCAGUUUACCAGGUGUCCUUGCCGGAAGUACCUGCACACCGUUCUAUGCAAUAUUGCCUGGCGGCGUGGUGCCGAUGGCGACCACGACGAGCAUAUUGCCUAUCUCGACAUGUCAAAGAGGAAGCGCCCUAGUCACAUGUCACAUUGCAACGUGGAAACUAUGACUACAGAAGUGGACGGGCGAUGCUCCGACUGCGUCAAGAAGAAUGAUGACGACGUCAGUAAACAGUGGAGAAAGGGCAAGAAAUGGAGUGGCCGAAAAGAGCGAUACUACUGA